UUCUCGUUUAAUCUCCUGUCCAUGUUCCUCUGCCUGCCACCGUCUCUCUCCUUCAAAUGCGCAAAGUUGGCAGUGCCCACGGCUUCGAUCGCCACCUCUGACCCCUCUCCACACUCUGAGAAAUGGGAUUGAACCUGACCCUAUUGACCGCUCUAGCUCUCGCAGCCGCCGCCGCCUUCACGGUGCCGGUGCCGGUUGUCAUAUGCGGGACAGUCCUUCCUCCGACCGUCCUCCGCCUCGAGCGGGCCUUCCCUCCUCUCAGCCACCCACUCGACCUCGAACCUGUCCGGGCCCGGGACCGCCUCCGGCACUCUCGAAUCUUGCAGCAGUCCCUGGCGAGCAGCGGGGUCGUCGACUUCUCUGUUCAGGGUUCCUCCGAUCCCCUCCUCCUGGGGCUUUACUUUACCAAGGUGAAAUUGGGAUCUCCAGCGAGGGAAUUCAAUGUGCAGAUCGACACGGGAAGCGAUAUCUUGUGGGUAACGUGCAGCUCAUGCACCAAUUGCCCCCAAACAAGUGGACUCGGCAUGGAGCUCAAUUUCUUCGAUUCCUCGAACUCUUCGACGGCCUAUGCGGUUCACUGUUCGCACCCGAUAUGCAAUUCUCAAGCUCAGACUUCUUCAGUUCAGUGCUCCCCACAGAGUGACCAGUGUGGUUACUCUUUCCAGUAUGGAGAUUUGAGCGGAACAUCCGGUUAUUAUGUCAUUGAUACAUUAUAUUUCGAUAUAGUUCUUGGACAGUCCCUGAUCACCAACUCUUCAGCUCCUGUAGUUUUCGGGUGUAGCAACUAUCAAUCUGGAGACUUGACUAAGUCAGAUAAAGCCAUUGAUGGCAUUUUUGGAUUCGGGCCAGGGGAUCUGUCCAUAAUAGCUCAGUUAUACGCACGAGGGCUAACUCCGAAAGUUUUCUCGCAUUGCCUGAAAGGGGACGCGAAUGGAGGAGGGAUAAUGGUUCUUGGAGAGAUUUUGGAGCCCACCAUUGUUUAUAGUCCACUUGUACCUUCCCAGCCUCACUACAAUUUGUAUCUCCAGAGCAUUGCGCUUAAUGGGCAACCGUUGCCAAUUGACCCGGCAGUGUUUGCACCAUCAAAUGACCGAGAGACCAUCAUUGACUCUGGAACAACCUUAGCUUAUCUUGUGGAAGAAGCUCUCGACCCUUUAAUUAAUUCUAUAACUUCAGCAGUUUCACAAUCUGCAACUCCCAUCAUUUCCAAAGGGAUGCAGUGUUAUCUGGUUUCUACAAGUGUGUCUGAGAUUUUCCCAACUAUGAGUUUGAACUUUGCGGGUGGUGCAUCGAUGGUGCUAAAACCCGAGGAAUACCUCCUGCAUUUUGGUUUCACGGAAGGAGCAUCUUUGUGGUGCCUUGGUUUCGAUAAAGCUAAAGGCGGGAUCAUGAUUCUUGGAGACCUCGUCUUAAAAGACAAAAUUUUCGUUUACGAUCUCGCUCGUCAAAGGAUUGGAUGGGCUUCAUACGAUUGUUCCAUGUCCGUAAACGUCUCUGUGGUCUCUGGGAAGGAUGAAUUCUUCAAUGCGGGUCAAUUGAGCGUGAGCAGCUCUGCAAGAGACAUGCUCUUGAAGCUUCUACUGAGGAUAGCGAUGCUGCUCUUACUCUACCUCGAGCUUCCCCAGCUUACGCAUUUAUUUAUUGCGCUCCAUGGGCCCUCUCCCCCGAUUGUUUCGACUGCAAAAGAUCAGCAGUCAGUGAUUAUGGUUUAUAUAGCUCUAUUGAUUCUGAGGCAGGGUCGAAUGAUGUGUCUCAGAUUUCGGUUUCUUCUUGCCAAGAUUUUCGUAGGCCGUCACUGUCGCCGAAAUUGUAAAUGCUGUGCUGUAACAUUAACUGGCGACUGUUAUAAGCGUAAGUAUUGUAGCUAUAUUUUUUGAUAUUAUAGGGAUGAAAUGUUUUGAUCUGACAGAGGUUAGAUCUCUGAACUUCAUUUCUUUGAUUAGUGAAAAGAUCUACAAGUUGUUUCUA